AUGAAGUACUUUCUCUACACUUAUGAAGACGAAACUCCACAAGCAAAUGACACGGACGGGGGAAGUAAGCGAAUUGAAUAUUUCAAGAAGCAGUACCGUGUGAAGUUUUAUUUAAAAGCCAUUUUGAUCUUUUCAAUAAUUUUGACAGUGAUUUUGGCUGUUGUGCGUGCGGUGUUUACAAAGUGGUCGUACACCUGCGACAAUAAAUACGCGACUUUAUUCACGCGCGCGUUCGAUCCCCCUUUUAUUAAAAUAAAUACCUCGACAUAUUUUUACACGUUUGUUGAGCCUGCGAUUCCCCUUAUAUUUGGUGGCGUUUUUGUUAAGACAAAAUACGGCCUUAUAUCAAAAAACACCGAAUUUCCAAGUGUUACGCUGAACACGUCUAAAUAUACCGUCGAAGCAAAAUUCGGAGGUUGUGAGGAAAGUUCUUUUAUUCAACACUACAUUGAAUGUGAUGCAAUGACACUGACAUUUGGUUUGAACAAAAAUUACAAUGACCCGAGCCAGGAAAGUUCCGACGAGAUUGUAGAAGACAUUGUUCUCGUCACGGUGAAAGACCCGGACCCUGUUUAUUCGAUGUAUGUGAAACAUCACGACACUGGGUGUGUGUCUUCUUUCAAUAUUGUUGUCAUCCCAUUAUAUAAACAGUCUGUCUAUCCUGCACGGACAGACCCACAAAUUAUCUGCGGCGAUAUCAAUAAUUAUUUUAAUUUCACAGUCGAGAAGAAUAACGCAAAGCAGACCCAAAAUUUUUCUCCAUUCAUCCAACAAAUCGCCAACACAACAGAGCAGAAUAUAAGGUAUACAAUCGAGCCGAAGAUAUAUCGUGCUCGGUUUAAAGAGAAAAGUCAUGAACUCAACUUCACAAAUCCAGAGCCAAUUGUACUAACGCAAAAGAGUAGAGACAUUCCGAUUUAUUCACAUGAUUCAUUGGUUGGAGUGGUUUCUCUUUACGAUAGCGCGAAAGUCACAAAAUCUGUGAGGUUCCCAAACGAUAUGUACAAUUUCUUUGGUAUCGACUUCCAUCCUAGCUUUAGUGUUGAAGGGUUUAUCAUCACCUCUGUGUUUUUUAACGAGAUCAAAAAUGUCUCGUGUCAUUUUAUUUCGAGUAACGACAGCGUGACAACGAUUCAAAUUAAAGCGAAGUUUUACUUUUUCAAUGGCAAAAUGCCCGCCUUUCUGAUCAACAAUUCCACCACUUCAAUCUCAAAUCUUAACUCAAAAAUUGUCGAUAAUUCACAGUUCUUCAACUACGAAAACGCGUUUGUUGAGGCAGACAUGUUUGAGGUUGAAAUCAAGGCAGAUAUGCAAGGUGUUGAGAAUAUUGAGUCUCUCAAAAUUGAAAUCCCAAAUUGUGAUGGGUGCAAUUUUGAAGGGAAAUGUACCAACGGAGAGUGUCUUCCAAAUAAGUAA